CGUUGAUGAAUAUCCAACUGAAAUUAUAGUUUAAAUAUAAUUCUUAGUUUUGAUAUUAUCCGAUUAAAACUGCAAACACACUAGGUAUCAAGCUAAACAGGAAUGGGGAUGGUUAAAGUUUUUAAUGUUGUUAUCGUUUUCUACUUUAUGACGGCAUGCUGUUAUGCGGGAGAGGAAGGUUAUGUACCAUGCAGUUCAGAUGGUGAUUGUGGCGGAGAUGAAUGUUGUGGACUUGACUCAGUUUCGAAAAGAGGCAUAAUGAUGGCUCCUGAGGUUACUUCUAAACCAAUGGGAAUGUGCGGCAAACGGGGGACUGAAUAUCAUAUUUGUUUUGAUGUCCCACAACCGUGCAGUUCAGAUGAUGAUUGUGAAAAAGGUGAAUGUUGUGGACUGGACUUAAAUCUAGUUUCGAAAAGAGGCAUAAUGAUGGCUCCUGGGGUUGAAACAAUGGGAACAUGCCGCAAACGGGGGACUGAAAAGCACAUUUGUUUUGAUGUCCCACAACCGUGCAGUUCAGAUGAUGAUUGUGAAAAAGGUGAAUGUUGUGGACUGGACUUAAAUCCAGUUUCGAAAAGAGGCAUAAUGAUGGCUCCUGGGGUUGAAACAAUGGGAACAUGCCGCAAACGGGGGACUGAAAAGCACAUUUGUUUUGAUGUCCCACAACCGUGCAGUUCAGAUGAUGAUUGUGAAAAAGGUGAAUGUUGUGGACUGGACUUAAAUCCAGUUUCGAAAAGAGGCAUAAUGAUGGCUACUAAUGGGACUUCUAAAACAAUGGGAACAUGCCGCAAACGAGGGGCUUCAAAGGAUAAUGAUUGCCAGCCAUCCGUGGAGAAAAGAACUCCUUGUACCAGUCAAAAACAGUGCAAGAAAGACGAGUGUUGCUUAUCCAUUCUUCAACCUACAGGCAAAAGAGGCCUUGAAGAACAGCCCCAGGCUUAUUGUGAGAAACGUGGAAUAUGUAAUGAGGGUUGUCUGAUGAACAACGGGAACAGAAAACGAGCUCCGAGUGGAAAGGUGUUUGUAGGGAAAUGUCGAUGUGCGAAAGGCUUGAAAUGUACGCCUAAUGGUAUGACGGACAUACCACUUGGACCAAUGGGGACAUGUGAACCAAAGAGAAGAAAAUUUAAAGAACGGAAGUGCAAAAAGUUGAGAGGAUAA